GGCGUGGGCGUGGCUUGCUGGGAGAAGGAGGCGUGUGCGCUGCGGCCCCGCUCCCUCGCCAGGUUUCCCAGCGGCGUUGCUCCAUUGGGGGAAUCGGUGCGCACGCGCGGUGUUGCCCCAACAGGUGGGAUUUGUUGGCGAUGGAAGCCUUCGUGCACUUCUCCAACCAGACGCGGGGUCGGGAGCGGCUCUUUCGUGCAACUCAGUAUACGUGCAUGCUGCUUAGCUAUGUGUUAGAGAAUAAGAGUGGCAGAGAGGAGGUGGUAAUGAAGCUCAAACACCUGGAGUCUAGCAUGAGCUCUGGCCGCAAGUUGUUCAGGCUCGGCAACAUGGUGCAUGCCAUCGUGGUCGCCCGACAGUCCAACCAGUUGCCAGAGCUGGUCCCCCGCUUCUGCCUGACAGUCUCCAACCUGAACCGGGCCCUGUAUUUUGUCUGUGACAUGAUCCUAUGGGUGAGGAGUGUGGGACUCUUCUCAAACAUUGACAAGAAGAAAUGGAGCAAGCGGGCCACCAAAUGCUAUUACUACUCCCUGGUGAUGAACCUGGCUGAGGAUUUCUAUGAGCUCUGCUGUUGUAUGGAGCAGACAGCAAAGACAGAGAAGGCCCAGAAGGACUUGCCUCCUUAUAGCCAGCGAAUCUGGAGUUUUGUUUCCCUUCUCACAGGGGGGCUGCAGCCUUUUCUUCUCCUCCUCUGUCUCACCUUGAGGAGGCAUCCUCCUCUCUUACUUGACACGCUGAAGAACCUUUGUGAUCUCUCAAGCCCAUUGGAUCGGCUGGGAAUCUACAAGACCAACCCAGGAGUCAUCGGGCUUUGUGGUGUUAUCUCCUCACUGGUUGGGAUCCUGACAAUUGCCAGUCCAAGCCUGAGGCUGAAACACUCUCAGGAGUUUCCCUGAUAGUUUUCUAUUUUCUCCCACCCCCCUUCUUUUCCAGUGUGGCCCUUUGUAUAUAAACAAUGGAGCUUGUUCUUUGAAGCUA